GAACGGACCAUUCUCACUUCUUCCAAAAGAAAAUUGCUCAAAAUUCAAGACCACAUCAAAAUGCAAGCAGCCCUAUGCAUUGCAGCUUCCCUGCCAUUAACACCCACUAAGCAUUCACCAACAUGGCAGCGAUCAUCGCCCAUUCCACGAAGAAUUGCCGUUUCUCCUCGGAUCAAAGCUGCUGUCCCCGACACCUCCACUGUCGAUUACAGCUCUACAACUUCUGUGUUUCCUGCAGAAGCCUGUGAUACCGUUGGAGGAGAAGCAUGCGAUGCCAAAAUGUAUCCAGAAGUGAAGCCAGAACCAGAAGCCAGCAAACCCAAAGCUCGCACUGGUUCAGAGGAGAUUGACAGAGAAUAUGUUGAAUAUAACGAACCCAAAACGGUGUUCCCCGGCGAGGCAUGCGAUGAGCUCGGAGGAGAAUUCUGCGAGCCCGAGUAUCAGACAGGUGUUUACAAAGAGAAGACCUCCAAAUGAAAGAAGCUCUUCCUUACCUGAAUGUAAAUGUUUCCAACUGAGAGUAUAUGAGAAUCGAGUCUCUAGUACAUACUCGGAUUCUUAAAUAUUAACCGUUGUGUAUAUAUGAACGUAUGUACGUAUUUUCCAUGUGUACCAGAAGGAUGGCAAGCUUGAGCCAAGGCAGUAACAGAAACUAUUUUAUGA